AUGGCAAAUGCAGCUCAAGUUGAUCAUGAAAUUGAAUUUCUUGUCGAUUUUAUUCGUGCAAAUGGUAAAAAAUCAAAUGAUAACAAAUAUCAGAUAACAUUUGGAGAAUUAUUUCAAAAUGAUCAAAUAGCCAAUACAUUAGAGAGUUUAGCUGGUACUUUGAAAGCAGCUAAAAAGAAAAAAAUUGUUACAUACAAAGCCGAAUUACUAUUGCAAGGUGUAAGUGAUAAAGAAAUAAUAACAUUAGAAAAACAAGAUUAA